GGGGGCGGGGGCCGCGGCGGCCGGAGCGGCCGCGACCGGGGCGGGCGGACGAGCGGCGCCGGGCCUCGGGGCCGCCCUGGAUGGUUUCGAAGAUGAUCAUCGAAAACUUCGAGGCGCUCAAGUCCUGGCUCAGCAAGACUCUGGAGCCCAUCUGUGACGCAGAUCCAUCAGCUCUAGCAAAAUAUGUCCUUGCUUUGGUAAAGAAAGACAAAAGUGAAAAAGAGUUAAAGGCAUUAUGCAUAGAUCAACUGGAUGUAUUUCUUCAAAAAGAGACACAGAUAUUUGUGGAAAAACUUUUUGAUGCUGUGAAUACAAAAAGUUAUCUACCUCCUCCAGAGCAACCUUCGUCGGGUAGCUUAAAGGUAGAAUUUUUUCAGCACCAAGAAAAAGAUUUAAAAAAAGAAGAGAUCACGAAAGAAGAAGAGCGUGAGAAGAAGUUUUCCAGAAGACUAAAUCAUAGUCCUCCCCAGUCAAGUUCCCGAUACAGAGAAAACAGAAGUCGUGAUGAGAGGAAAAAAGAUGAUCGUUCCCGCAAGAGAGAUUAUGACCGAAACCCUCCUCGAAGAGACUCUUACAGAGACCGAUACAAUAGAAGACGAGGGCGAAGUCGCAGUUACAGCAGGAGUCGGAGUCGAAGCUGGAGUAAAGAGCGCCUUCGCGAUAGGGAUAGGGACAGAAGCAGAACACGAAGCAGAAGCAGGACGCGAAGCAGGGAAAGGGAUCUGGUAAAACCUAAAUAUGACCUGGAUAGAACAGAUCCAUUAGAAAACAAUUAUACUCCAGUCUCUUCAGUACCUAAUAUUUCAUCUGGUCACUAUCCUGUACCUACUUUGAGCAGCACGAUUACAGUAAUUGCUCCUACUCAUCAUGGUAAUAACACUACCGAAAGUUGGUCUGAAUUUCAUGAAGACCAAGUGGACCAUAACUCAUAUGUGCGACCACCUAUGCCAAAGAAGCGGUGUAGAGACUAUGAUGAAAAGGGUUUCUGUAUGAGAGGAGACAUGUGCCCUUUUGAUCAUGGAAGUGAUCCGGUAGUUGUAGAAGAUGUGAAUCUUCCUGGCAUGCUGCCUUUCCCAGCGCAGCCUCCUGUUGUUGAAGGACCACCUCCUCCUGGCCUUCCCCCACCUCCCCCAAUUCUCACACCACCACCGGUGAAUCUGAGACCUCCGGUGCCUCCACCAGGCCCAUUACCUCCCAGUCUACCACCUGUCACAGAUGAUGUUUCUUAUUCUUUGGUUUUGACAGGACCACCACCACCACUUCCUCCUUUGCAGCCAUCUGGCAUGGAUGCUCCCCCAAAUUCUGCCACCAGCUCUGUUCCUACUGUAGUAACAACUGGCAUCCAUCACCAGCCUCCUCCUGCUCCACCUUCUCUUUUCACUGCAGUUUUUGUAUUACCAGAUACAUAUGACACUGAUGGCUAUAAUCCUGAAGCCCCAAGCAUAACAAACACUUCCAGACCUAUGUAUAGACACAGAGUGCAUGCACAAAGGCCUAACUUGAUAGGACUGACAUCAGGGGAUAUGGAUUUGCCACCCAGAGAUAAGCCUCCUAAUAAAAGCAGUAUGAGGAUAGUGGUGGAUUCAGAGUCAAGAAAAAGAACCAUUGGUUCUGGAGAGUCUGGAGUUUCUACAAAGAAGACUUGGUUUGAUAAACCAAAUUUUAAUAGAACAAACAGUCCAGGGUUUCAGAAAAAGGUUCAGUUUGGAAAUGAUAAUACCAAACUUGAACUUCGGAAAGUUCCUCCAGAAUUAAAUAAUAUCAGCAAACUUAAUGAACAUUUCAGUCGCUUUGGGACCUUGGUGAACUUACAGGUUGCCUAUAAUGGUGAUCCUGAAGGUGCCCUUAUUCAAUUUGCAACACAUGAAGAAGCAAAGAAAGCAAUAUCUAGUACUGAGGCAGUACUAAAUAAUCGCUUUAUUAAGGUGUAUUGGCACAGAGAAGGAAGCACCCAGCAAUUACAAACUUCUUCUCCAAAGGUCAUACAGCCUUUAGUCCAGCAGCCCAUUUUACCAGCUGUGAAACAGUCAGUCAAAGAGCGGUUGGGUCCAGUACCUUCAAGUACUCUUGAACCAGCAGAAGCCCAGAGUGCCAGUUCAGACCUUCCUCAGAAUGUAACUAAGUUAUCUGUGAAGGACAGGUUGGGUUUUGUAUCAAAGCCAUCUGUUUCAGCAACUGAAAAGGUGUUGUCUACAUCUACUGGCCUAACAAAAACAGUGUAUAAUCCCGCUGCUUUGAAGGCUGCACAAAAAAACUUACUUAUUUCCACUUCUGCAAUUGAUAAUAAUGAAGCACAGAAAAAAAAACAGGAGGCACUGAAACUUCAGCAAGAUGUAAGGAAAAGGAAACAAGAAAUUUUAGAAAAGCACAUAGAAACACAGAAGAUGUUAAUCUCAAAACUUGAGAAAAACAAAGCAAUGAAGUCAGAAGAUAAAGCUGAAAUAAUGAAAACUUUAGAGGUUUUGACAAAAAAUAUUACCAAGUUGAAAGACGAGGUCAAAGCUGCUUCUCCUGGACGCUGUCUUACUAAAAGUAUAAAAACUAAGACUCAGAUGCAGAAAGAAUUGCUUGACACAGAACUGGAUUUAUAUAAGAAGAUGCAAGCUGGAGAAGAAGUCACUGAACUUAGGAGAAAGUAUACAGAAUUACAGUUGGAAGCUGCAAAACGGGGGAUCCUUUCAUCGGGUCGGGGUAGAGGAGUUCAUUCACGGGGCCGAGGUGCAGCUCAUGGCCGAGGCAGGGGGAGAGGUCGAGGUCGAAGCGUGCCUGGUCAUGCUGUGGUGGAUCACCGUCCCCGGGCUCUGGAGAUCUCUGCCUUUACAGAGAGUGAUAGAGAAGAUCUUCUUCCUCAUUUUGCGCAAUAUGGUGAAAUUGAAGAUUGUCAGAUUGAUGACUCUUCACUUCAUGCAAUAAUUACAUUCAAGACAAGAGCAGAAGCUGAAGCAGCAGCAGUUCAUGGAGCUCGUUUCAAAGGGCAGGAUCUAAAACUGGCGUGGAAUAAGCCAGUAACUAAUAUUUCAGCUGUUGAAACUGAAGAAGUGGAACCUGAUGACGAGGAAUUUCAGGAAGAGUCUUUGGUGGAUGACUCAUUACUUCAAGAUGAUGAUGAAGAAGAAGAGGACAAUGAAUCGCGUUCUUGGAGAAGAUGAUUUGACUGAUCAUUGAUCUGCAUAUGCUAGAACUCUACCUGUGUUUCAUUAGUAUUACCUAAUGUACUUUUACAUAUUUGUAAAAAACAAUUUUUGGUAAAAUGUGAUGAAGAUGGAUUUCACAAAUAGAAAAAAAAGAAGAAAACUACCUUCUGAUCCUGUAUUUUGAAAGAUUGAUGUUUGCAUUUUAUUUCAGUAAACAAUUGCAAAAGACAUCACAUUAGAAACAUACUCAAUGUUUUUAUUACAUACUUCUACUGAACAGAACAGAAUUCUUUGGGUUCUUUGUAAUUUAAAUGAAUAGGUCUGAAAACUUAUGACCAAUACUUGUUAUAACUUAGCAGAUUUUUUGUUUUACUCCAAAUAAGGAAUGAAUUUGCAUUUAAAAUAUUAAUGAAUGUUUUCAAAAAAUGAAUAGAUAACAUAGUACUAUAACUAAACUCUCCCAAGUUAUGUAUUCAUAAUAUUACAUAGUAGUAUGCUUAGGCUUUACUAUGUAUUAGCCUUUUGUUGGACUUGUGUAUGUAUUUUACCACAUGGGUUUUAAUGAUAACGGUGUAUGACUGUUUUGCAUAUGAGUCCCUAUGCAUUCAGAUGUGAAAAAUAAAGUGGAAUGGUCUCUCAAAAGAAAAGAAAAAAGAAAAGAAAACAAUGACAAAAAAAAAAGGCCAAGACAAUGUUCCUUGAUUUAAAAAAAAAAAAGAAAAGAAAAAAAAAGAAAAAAAAUCUAAAAUAAAUAGACCAUUCCAGAUGGUGAUCUACCCUUACCCCCAAUUAUCACUAAAAGAGCUUAAUCACUAAUUUAUUCUUUAUAAUAAUGGUUGCUGGUACCUUUAUAAUAAUGUACAAUCCAUGUUUAAAAUUUAUACAACUUCAGUUUGGUUUGAUCCUACAAAUUUUCAACAGAUGUCUUAAAAUUUAAAAGCAGGCUGAUUAGUUUGGAACCAGACUUCAAGUAGUAUUUGGUGAAUAAGAAAACAUCACAUUACAUUUUGGAUGUGUGAAAGAAAGCUUGACCAUUUGAAGAUGUAUGAAUAAAGAAAUGUACUAUAGAUACUACUUUAGGAAAACACUGUUUGUAGUCGUGAAAGAUGCCAUAUUGGCAGAGGCUCACGUUUCUUCUCUUUACACCAAACAGCAGAGAGAGAUCAUCAUUGCCUGAAUUUAGCUUUGUGACCACCACAGCAAGAAGUGUUCCUCUCUGGAGACGACUGUUUAAAUAUCAUUUUGUCGUUUUAUGUUUACCCUUUAUCAAUUUGGAUAUUUGUUUACAUGUACUAUAAUUAGCAUUUUAUCUUUACAGUUCUCUAAGGGUAUACCUGAAUCCAGAAGUAUAUCUGAGUGUGUGCUUUGUCUGACUUUUCUUACUUAAAUGUUUUCUCCCUUUAUAGCCAUUUAUUUUUUUUAAACACCAUAAAAAGGAUUAAAAAAAAACCUCUUGGCUUCCUAAUAUGCGAUAAACUCAGUCUCAACAAAGCUAAGAAUUGUGUCUAGGACAUCUAUAAAGCCAUGAGGUUGUGUUUAUUGGCAUGAAUAAUUACAAUGAAGAAAAUAAUUUAAAAGUUAAGCAUGAGUUUUGUUUUAAUUUUUCUGGAAUUUAGGAUACAUAUUUGGGGUUAGAAUAGUCAAAUAAUUUUGAACAGAUGAUAAAAUACUUUUCUAUAUUACGCACUAAUAAUUUGCCUAUCUUCUAAAAAUACUUUGACCUAAGUUAUUCCAAUCCUACCUGCCCAAAUAAUUUUUUAGUGUCUUGGUUCUUUAACACCAACAAGGAGUAUAAUUUUCUAUCAAGAAAUGCAGGAUGAUCUGUGGAAAAUACAUAUUGAGAUGAAUUUACUUAAUGUCUAACUUUCACAAUUUACCUUAUUUUCUGCACUUGCAAUCAAGACUUCAAAGACAAUCCUAAAAGCAAGGGGGAGUAGUGUGUCUGAUAUUGUAAAAAAAUUACAGAUUUCCAGUCUUGAAAGGUGUAUGUCCAUAUUUAUUUAUAAGCAAUGUGGCUUAUAACUAUUUUUAGACUGAUUAAAUCUUAUCCAACUAACCCAAAGUACUCUUUUUUAUAAAAUGAGCACAAAGAAAAGUGUUCACAAAGUUAAGAAUAUUCCUGUAGUCUAAUGAGGUAUUUGAGGAGUUUUAUUUGGACAUCUUUAUCAGAAAAUCCAAAUUACACUUAACUGUAGUCACUCUUUUUUUUUUCCAGUUCUUUCAACUAUGCUCAUAUUUUUACUUCUUUGUGUGCAAAGUAUUCUGCAAAAUACCCUUUUCUCCAACCCCACCCUCGUGUGCAUUGUGUUUGUUUUCGUGAAAAAUAAAAAAGAAUGAACACAUCAGUAAAAUGUAAAUUAUCUAUUUUUAUCUACAUUAGUUAGAGAGAGCGGGGAAAAGUAUGUGUUUUGGAAGGUCUUCUAACAUAUUUAUGACCUGUUAGCCUACAAGGGAUUUUGAAAACUAGGCUCUUGUCUUAGUUAACAUUUUUCAACUAGCAGUUACUUGCAGGGAGUUUAUAAAUACUUCCCAGGUGAGCUCAGUAUCUUUUCUUUUUGUGGAAAGAUUUCUACCUAUGCAAUAGUGGUUUGUGUGGUAGGUUAGAAACCCAAAGAACAUUGACUGAAGAGACCAUACUUCUGUAUCAGUUUGGUUGGCUAAUGGAUGUGAACCACAGGCCCAAUCACUGUUAACUUUGUUUUUGUCAUCUUUCCCCCCAGCCCCCUUGUUUUUAAAUUAAAAACAAAAUAAAGCAAAAACUGACUGGCAUUGAGAAUCAGAAGUCUGAUUCUCACUAAGAUCAUUGCUCUUUUUUAAAAUUGCUAUGCUAUCCAAUAGGUCAGUUACAUUAAUUCCCUUAUGCUGAUCCAUUAAAGAUAAAGAGUUUUUUAUGAUUUCAUUUUUCUUCAGUAGGAUUCUCAUGGAGCUAUGUGUAGAUAACUGUACAGAAUCACUUGUGUAAUUGAAGCCGUUUACCUCUGCAUGAUUGCAUUAUGGAAACCUUUUAUAUAUCUUUAUAUUUUCAAUAUACUUAGAUUUUACACUAUUAGCUUCCCUACUCAUGCGAUAUUUGUUUUUUAAUAGAGUUUAUAAAUAUUUAUGCUCAAAAUACAGAUCAAUUGAAUAUUUUUUGGUCUUGUUUACAAGAUAAAUAAUACUUUACAAGUGAUGCAGCCCCUCAAGUGUCUUAGGAAAAAGUCAUUGGUGCUAUAAACCUUUCAAUAUCAUUUUGAACUAUUAUGUAACUUAGCUAUGAUCGUUUGUGAUUUACUCUAAAAUAGCAGCAUAAUUUACAAAGUGGUUUGCAGUCAGUCAGGUAAAGAACCCAGCCCAUUAAGCCCCACAAUUUAAAGAUAUGAUACAUCAUUAAGGCCCAACUCCUAAAAAGAAAUAGUUUCAUUGGAUUGUUGUUAGUUCUUUUGAUAAGAACAGUGUUGAUCUGGCUAGAAUAAAUAAUUAUACAUUCAGCGUGAAUGAUAAAAUCUGCUUGGCUCAGUUUUCCCAUUUUUGAAAUGGGAAGCUUUCUUAGUCCGAUAACAUGAUGUAGCCCUGCUUAGCUCUGCUCUAAAUUCCUGUCUGUCUUUUAUUCAACAGGAGGUAGAGUAAUUCUUAAAUAUUUACAAAACAUUUGAUGAAUUGUGAAGAGAUGUAUUAUUUACAUUGUACAUGUUUUGCAUUGAUGGGUGUAGAUUGUUUCUACAUCUACAGGACUUCAUUCCAGCACCUUAGUGAAUGUUCUUAAGAUACAAUUUUUAAGUAUCAGCAAAGCAUUCAUAGAUGUUUACGUUUGAUUCUCAGAAUUCUGAACCUGUUUGAGGUGUAUAUACUUCAGAACAUGGAUGGCACAAGAUUUCCCAUAAUAAGCAGUUUGCUUUAACUCAGUUUUGUGGAUUGUUGAACCUAAAACACCAAAGGAGUCUUCUCUUGUCUGGAGAUUCGAUUGUUCCAGUUUUUAAUACCUGUGCCCAUAGUGUCCCAUUUCACGAAUGUGUGUCGGCAUGGGGAAAAAAUUCCCUGCUCUUUCAGUGGAGCGAAAGUAAUUGAUUAAGCUGUAGCAGCUUUUUUUUUUGUUUUUUUUCUUAAAGUGAUAAUAAAACUUGAACUAAAACAAGGUAAAACUUGAACUAGAAAACUACUCUUGUAUGCAUAGAAUGUUUGUAGUAUAACAUGUUUAUGUGGGGUUGUCAACAUUUUUAUUAUUUAUAGUUGAAUUAUGUUAUUUUGUUUGUUAAAUAUCCAUAAUGUUUAUUAUUUUUAUAUUUUGAAAAUUUUUUAAAUAAAAUAGUCUUACUGAA